GUGACGGAGCGGACGUGACGUCAACGCGCCGUAAUUCAAACUUCAGGAAACGAAAGCUCGAGUGAACCGUCUCUUCUCUCUGUGAGUGUGUGUGUGUGGAAACAAACAACGGUGUUUUUCACGGGACACAUCCGACCAGCCUCUUCUACUCCUCCAGGUCGACGCAAUGGCAGCCAAGGGCAACAAAGAGACGAUCGUCAGCAAACUGGGCUUCAAGUCCAGCAGCGCCGCCUCCAAGGCCGAGGCAGAGCUGGAGAAAGUCCGGAAGGAGAACGCUCACCUGAGGAAGAAGAUCGAUGAGCUGGCCAAACGACACAUCAAACCACCCGACUCGGACAAAAGCAAGCUGCUGGAGAGGAUUCUUUCCCUCGAGACGCUGCGGGAGAGGAACAAUCAGCAGCUGCUGGUUAAAGAACAGGAACUGGAAACUAUGAGACAGCAGCUGUCAGCCAGAGGAGGAGAGGUGAUAGCAUCGCUGCAGACCCAGCUGGAGCAGCGGAGGAAGGAUGUCGAGCAGCGAGACACGUUGUUCCAGAGCUUGUCACAGGAGACAGAGAACCUUAAAAACAAGCUGGCCACCGUCUCUGCCCGGUGCCAAUCCAUGGAAACGCAGGUGACGCAGAGUGGACAGGUUCCUCCUGCCGACGUGGCAUUGCUACACGAUCAACUGAGAGAUGCUCUUGAGAAGAACCAGCAGUGGCUUAUGUACGACCAGCAGAGAGAGGCCUACGUCCAGUCCGUCCUCGCCCGCACACUGGAGCUGGAGCAGCAGCUGGCCCAGGCCAAGCAGCAGCAGCAGCACACCAAACAAGCGGCCGGUUCAGAUGGUGACGGAGCUUCCGCCAACUCAGCAAGUCCGGAGAAGGAGGCUCAGCUGAAGAGCCAUUAUGACCAGUUGCUGUCGGGGAUGCAGAAAGAGCUCGAGAGCCAAAAAGAUCAGGUUGCCAGGUCCCAUCAGGAGCUCAAUAUGCAGAGAGAACAGACACUGAAAGCUCAGACUGAGCUGCAGUCGCAGAGGGAGCAGGUCGCCGAGCUCCAGGAGGAGAUGCUGGCGCUGCAGAGGAGGCAGGAGGACAAGUGCAGAGAGCUGAAAGAGGCCAAGGCGCAGCUGCAGGCGGAGCGCUUUAGCAGCAGACAUGCAGUGUGCGAGGAAAGAAAGGUGACAUCUGAGCGGGAAGACAGGAUGAGAGUGGACAUUGAGAAUAUGGACGUCCGAUUGGAGGAGGAGAGGAAGAGAUCGGCCGAGCUUCUGAUGCAGGUGAAUAUGCUGCAGAAGUCUCUUCUGAACCAAACUGAGGAACGUGGACGAAUUGCAGCACUGGAGCAACAGAUCCAACUCUCAGCCAAGGACUUUGAAGAUGAGAAAAUCGAUCGUCAAAGCAUGCAGCACCAAUUGCACAAGGUGCUGAAGGAGCUUCGCAAGGCGCGCGACCAAAUUGCUAAACUGGAGUCUGCUAAACCGCCCAAUGCCCGAUUCUCAGAGCCCAGCUCCUACAACAACUUUGAGCGUCUGACUAUUGAUGACACCGCCUCCCCGUCUAAAGUCUCCAGUCUCCUCGAUGAAAGUUUCUUGGAGUGCCCAAAGUGUCGGGCCUCCUAUCCCACCAGCCGCCACAGGGAGCUCCUGGCCCACAUUGACUACUGCUUCGCAUGAGCUCACAGAGACUAGAUCAGUGGGGGGGGGUCCUCAAAGAUCUCUUAAACAAAAAUCUGGUGUUGUGACUACUUCAACGUGUAGCAGUGUUUCUCUGUCUCGUGUCCAGUUGUGCAAUCUUUCCAAACAACCAUUCAACAGUCAUUCUCGAGAUCCAAUUGGUUUAUAUUCGCCGAAACUGUUCCAGUGCAGCACGCUGCCGUCCUCACCCCGACUCUUCAAGCCUACAGCCCUGUAAGGCUGGAAUGAGAGUGCACGAGUUAAAUCCUUCUGCUAAACUAGUUAAGGCAGAGGAUUAGUGAAGGUCUUCUUGGUGUAGGGGGAAAGGGGUUAAGUUGCCUUUAUGCCUGCUGCCUUGGCAAGAUGACUAGACUUGACAGACUAGACUUGACUAGACAGACACUGCUAUACUGUCAUGUGUUUCAGAGAGUUGUGUGAUUUGGGUGUUUUUUUUUAAAGAAUGUGAUCCAGGAAUCACACGGCAGCUUAUUUUGCUGUUUUUUUUUAAGUCAUGGGUUUUUAUAUAUAUUGUAAUCAUGCGCUCCAAAGUCCUUUAAUGAUGCACUGUACUGUACAAAAAUGUGCAAUAAAUAUGCAAGUCUGCUUUUA